ACUAAUUAUAAAAAUUCGUAAAGAAGCUAAGAUAGAUAGAUAAAGUUAGAAAUGGGAUUUUUGAAUAUCAUCUUCAUCUUCAUCGUUCUUUGCUGUUCCCAGUUCAUAACUUUACAAGCCCAAAAAACAUUCCCCGUCCAAUUCGCAAACUUCGACCAAAAAAAUCCCGACAAUCUUUAUUUCUUUAAUAACCGCUCAAAUAUCGACAGCAACGCCAUCCAAGUCACCAGGGACACCGCCGCCGACCCCCGAAUCUUCGAAUUGUUAAACCAGUCCGGCAGAGUGUUUCUGAACAAGCCUUUCCGGCUUUGGGACGGCGAGAAAUCAGACAACACAACCGUGGCAGCAUCUUUCGAGUCGUAUUUUCGCAUAAAUAUUUCACCCCAGAACGACACCGCCGGAGCGCCACCCCUUAACAACACGUUAGGAGGUCUAACGUUCUUGAUUGCGCCGAACAUGGACUUGCCGCCGAACAACAGCUCCGGCCAGUUCUUGGGGCUCACAAAUGCGUCCACAGAUGGGAACUCCACCAACCAAAUCAUAGCCGUUGAGUUCGAUAAUAGCAUGCAGGGUUCUGAUCCCGAUGGUAAUCAUAUAGGCAUUGAUAUCAACAGUAUUAGAUCCAAAAAGGUUGAAUCUUUGACACCUCUGGGCAUUGUUUUGGCCCCAAUUAACGACACAUUUUUCUACGAUGUCUGGGUACAAUACAAUGGAACUGCAAAGGUUAUGGAAGUAUACAUUGCUAAGCAAGAGGACAAAGAUGGGCAGACCAAACCUAAGCCGGCUUCCCCUAUCCUAACCUUUGAAGUUGAUAUCAGAGAGCAUUUGAAACAAGAAUCAUAUUUCGGAUUCUCUGCUUCGACUGGGGCGGGGUAUCAGCUCAACUGUGUUCUAAGAUGGAACUUUACAAUUACUUAUUUCCCAGAAAAGAAUGAUUGGUGGAAGAUUGCGGUUGGGGUGGGGGUGCCGGUGGUGGUGCUGGGGUUGAUUUUGGCGGCUUGGUUGGUGUGGUUAGUGCAGAAGAAGAGGAAGCUGAGGAAUCCAUCUUUGAUCUUGGGAGUACUGAAGAGCCUGCCUGGAACUCCAAGAGAGUUUAAGUUUAAGGAGUUGAAGAAAGCUACAGAGAAUUUUGGUGAGAAGAAGAAGCUUGGACAGGGAGGAUAUGGGGUGGUUUACAAAGGGUGGUUGGCAGGUGAGGGUUUGGAGAUUGCUGUCAAGUGGUUCUCCAGGGAGAGCAUCAAGGGUCAGGGUGAUUUCUUGGCUGAGCUUAGUAUUAUCAAUCGUCUCCGCCAUAAACAUCUUGUCAAGCUUCUAGGGUGGUGCCAUAGGCAUGGGAAGCUACUAUUGGUGUAUGAGUAUAUGCCCCAUGGAAGCUUGGACCAGCACCUCUUCAUAGGGGGUGAAACGGAUCCAUUGAGUUGGGAAUUGCGGUGUAAAAUUGUGUCUGGCGUGGGCUACGCCUUGCAAUAUCUCCAUAACGAGUUCGAGCAGAGGGUGGUUCAUCGAGACCUCAAAGCCAGCAAUAUCAUGCUCGACUCCAAUUUCAAUGCCCGCCUGGGCGACUUUGGCCUGGCACGGGCACUUGACAACGAGAGAACCUCGUAUACUGAGGGCGAGGGAGUGGCGGGCACAAUUGGGUACAUUGCACCCGAGUGUCUCCUCACGGGCAAGGCCACUGAGCAGUCUGAUAUCUAUGCGUUCGGGGCAGUGUUGCUGGAAGUUGUGUGUGGACAGAGACCUGGAACCAGGAUUGGCGGCUUCCAGUCCCUCGUAGACUGGGUUUGGUUCCUGCAUCGCGAUGGGAGGAUCCUCGAGGCAGUCGACAUAAGGCUGAAGGAAGAUUUCGUCGUCGAAGAAGCUAAAAGACUUCUGCUGCUAGGACUGGCUUGCUCUCAUCCUAUUGCUAAUGAAAGACCAAGAACAUCUGAUGUUGUUCAGAUCAUAUUAGGCUCAGUUCCAGUGCCAAAUGUUCCUCCAUUCAGGCCUGCAUUUGUGUGGCCAUCAGCACUGCCCAUUGAUAUAGAUUCAUCUCAAACUGAUACAACAACAUCUAUCCCAAUUUCCCCCUUCAACUCGGGUUGGAGCCAGAUCGAUACAGGGCACACAAACUCCUCGGUAUAGUUAAAUUUGUAGUAAACCAGCCUAAGUUGUCCAUAGUUAGCCAGCUCCUCGGAGUCGAACUUGUAAUUGUAAUCUUAUGGUUACAAAGUCAAUAGUCCAACCAACUUGGUUGGGUUGCCCUCGGGAAGCUGAAAUUCUUUAUAUACUUGUAUAGUUUAAAUUCUUGAAUGUUUGAGGCAA